AAAACCCAGCUCCAGUUGUAGAGAACUACCGUUAACACUCACACCCAUUCUCUACAUCAAGUGCUGGUCGCUUCUAACUCCUCUUACUAUCCGGACCAAUAUUUUAUUUUGCAUCUUGGAGGACCUAUAUACUUUCGCUCUAGUUUUUGGUGUAUAUACUUCUCUUGAUCAUACCUAUCCCACUUCGAGUCAUAUUUGGGAGUUUUCUGAACAUCUCACCAAAGGGAAACAAUUCGUGUUUUAUUAACAGUUUCCUGUAUUUUGGACUUAAGAACGAUUAUACGACGUUCACACUACGAUUAUAUUACGAUAACACUACGAGCACACUGUAGUUAAACUGAGUUCUUCGGUCCAUUUUUCGCUUUGCUUUCGCAAUCCUGGAGCCCGAUAAUCAAAACUUUGGAAUGGCCUUACGACGAGAUCCUUACAAUUAUUCUUACAGUUCUCGACGUCGAUUCACCGACGACGGCGGAUGGGAUCAUCAACCAAUGCCUAGUCGACUCGGUCUCGAGCAACGCUUCGGCGACGUCGUUCAUUUCGAGGACGACUUCGGGGACUUCCCGGCUCACCCGAGUUCUUCGCAGUACUACGUGACAUCGAGGCCGACGACGGCGAUGGUGCCUUCGAGGAGGAUGGAGGUCGCCAGCAUGCCUCCGAUGAGGAUGGGGAGGACACCCAUUCCCGUGUCGACGGGGGAUGUCAUGAUGACGGACACCGACUUCAAAGUGGCUGUCGACGUCAGUAACUUUGACCCGGAGGACAUCGAAAUCAAGAUCGUUGAUACCGAACUCACGGUGCACGGCAAGCACAUGGAAAAACAGGACGACCACGGCAAGAUCUCCCGGGAGUUUACCCGUCGCUAUACCCUCCCGCCCGAUGUCGACCCUACCACUGUGACGUCAUCGUUGGGCCAAGAUGGCAUCCUGGCUAUUCAAGCUCCCCGCAAUCCUCCCAAACCGAAGAACCAAAACAUCCCCAUCAAGGUUGAGAGUAAGCCAGCCAUCGGAGGGGCUAAGAAGUAAAAUCGCCGAAAGUUCUGGCGGCCCCGUUUCAUAAAACUUGUUAUGAUAACAACAGUUUAAAGCUACUUGAAUCGUACAAUAUGAUUGGCUGAUA